CAUAAAAUAGAAAACAAAAGAUGUUACAAAAAUAGGUCCAAAUUGUUAUAGUUUAAAAUAGCACUUAACUGUUUUGUAGGACGUAAAGCUUAAAAAUGACUGAUCAACAACUAGAUCAAGAGUUUCAUUGCAACCUAAUUAGGUUCAAUGACAUAAUUAAAUUACAUUGUAAUUAUCGUGAGAAAAUUGUUGUUACGGAAUGGAUAAGCAAAUUAAAGUCGUGCUCAACCAAUACAGACGAGCGAAAACUAAGGAAUAUGUUUUUGGAACAUUUCAUACAGUGCUGUAAUGCUGAUAUAUUUAGAAAGCCCCCAUUUAAUAAGAAUAUAUCAACUUCAGCUAAUUUAAUAGACUACGCUCAUUAUUUGCCUAAACUUGCCGGUAUCAAGAAAGAAGCUCCAAACACUCCCUGGAAGACGACAAUGAAAAACGUAACUGAAAUGUUUUCCAUAAGUCACGAAUUUUCCGAUUUCCUAUCUCAAUUGCCUGUACCUAGGGAUGGUGGAAUUUUUAUUAUGAACAUUAAGAAGAAAGAAGAUUGUUGAAAUUGGCUAACUUCUGUCGAAUGCAAACCUGUGAUCACUCAAGCGCUAAAUACAAAAUUAUCAUUUAAGCUUUACGUCCUGCAAAAUUUUGCAAAAUUAAAAAACAAUAAUUGUUACAAUAAAACUACUAUAAGAAUUCAUAAAAUUUAAA